AUGCCCACAAAGCGUACCGCUGCUUCCCUAGUAAAGCCGCCGACUACCCUGUGCCCGCAACCGCAGUCUUCGGCGACAUCAAUCAAGAGGAGCUCCGCGGUUGGCAACGCAGACCUGGCACUCUCUUCCUCCUCUACUCCACAGCGGCAACGGAAGGAGUCACUACCUCAACCGCAGCUCCGCACACCUGAGGGAGAGCGCAGCCAGAGCACUCCCAAACAGGUGCGCGAGAGCUCGUUCGGCGCCUCGCCCCAGGCGAUUCCACCAGCCCCCGCCACCAGCCCAGCACCGGCCUCCAGUAAGACUCCUCGACGAUCCUCCUCAUCUUCCCCAACCCAGCGGAGCCCAAGCGAGACGGUCUCAAGGUCGAAGGCGAACAGCGCCACAGCAGCGGCAACGGCGGCGACCACCCACGUAUCUCCAGCGCAUCUGUCUUCGCCGCCAUCGCCCGCCUCGCAUGAGAGGACAACCUCCUUGCAGCCACCGCAGUCUGCAAACUCCAUGAAGAGAAGCGCUCGCGGUGCUCAGGGCCGCAGUAUUUCUGUGGACACCACACCGACGUCUACGGUACCGGCCAAAGAAGCUCCAGCAGCUGCCGCCGCGGGCAGCGCGAACGUAGGCGCCAUCGUUGGCGCUGCAGUUGCUGGAGCGGUGAAGUCCUCAAAGUCCCCACGAAGCCGCAGUGAGCGUCGCAGCCGUGCCCGCGCGGCUUUCUUGGCGACCACAUUGGCGACCUCCUCGCCAGACGCGCGCUUCGUUGAGCGGUUCAUUCGGGAGUCCAAAGUAAUCGCGCCGGACGUGAGCGGCAUCCGCUGCCUCGCAGUGCACCCCUCAGAGCAAGAACUCAUCGCUGCUCGUGAGAACGGCUCGCUGGUGCGCUACACUGUGACGUUCUUUCAGGGCAUCCCGCAGUUUGUGCAGCGCCGCCACACCGGCGGCCAGACCCACCGCACCAUUUCGGGACUGGCGUACGUGACUGUCCCGACACCGCUGUCGUCGUCGUCCUCGGCGUCGAGUCCCGGAGCAGCGUCGGCGCCCCGCCAUGUUCUCCUCGCCUCCAUGAUGUCUGGGCAGAUUGUCAUCUAUGACGCAGAGCUGCUCGUUCCUGUUGCGCUGCAUCAGCGCAGCGGUGGAGCCAUCUGGGCUUUGCACGUGGUGAGUCCUGCAUGCAUCUACGCCGCCAUGGCCGACGGGAGCUGGCAGCAGCUGCGCCUCACGUGUAAGCGAGAUGGCGCCGCACCGCAGCUGGAGCUGGUGCGCGUCGUGCCCAGCAUCAGCGGUGCCGACCGCGCCUUGUCUGUGACGACGUCUCUGUCGCUGCGCAUGGCGGUCGGCUCCGACGACGCCGGCAAUGUGCACGCGUGGCGCUUGCCUGUCUACGUAUCGCCGCAGGGGUCCUCUGCCGGUGCUGGUGCCGUGGAGGAGGAGGAGGCUGCCGCUCCCAACCGUGCACGCGGUUUGGCCGAGCAUGAGUCUAUGUGGACUACAAGGCUGGCGAAGGGUAUCGCACUCAGCUGUGCCGUAGUCGGUGGGGUGCAGCGCCCCUGUGUUGUCGUUGGGACGUCUAUGGGCGACGUUGUGCUGCUCGAUGCCGCGCACGGACACGUCUUUCAAACGUUCUCGCAGCACAAGGGACCAGUGUCGACGCUGGCGGUUAAGAACGACGCUGUUGUUUACGCGUCCGGCUGGCACGAGAGCCUUCGGUGCUACCGCUGCAACGAGAAGGGGGACUGGUACCCCGCCGAGGUGAAGCGGCGCACGCACUAUCACGAGGCGAGCCAGCUGGCGCUGCUGCCGCGUCAUCAGUUAAUAUUGUCUGCGUCGCGCGACGGCACGAUCAUGUACGCGCCGACAGGGCAGCUGUUCACGUCGCCGGCGAUGUACGUGACGGUCACGACGCAGCAGUUCGCCUACGCAGCCGAUCGCGAGCUUCUCUUGCAAUCCCGCUUCGACACCAUCGAGGCUUUCCACAUGGACGGCGCUGCUCGUCACUGGGUGCCUUUCUUUGGUCACCGUCUUGAUGGCCGCUUUCACCUCUCCGGCCUGUGGUGCGAUCGCCAGCUGAACUACAUCGUCUUCAGCACAGAGGAGCGCGUUGGGCUGUUGAAGGUGGUGUGGCGCGCACAUGCAGCGAUGUCUGUGUCGAGGCUGGAGGCAGUGCUGGAGCUGUCGGCGCGCAGCGGUGUUGUGGACGUCUGCUGGUCGGGUACCGCUGUUGCUGUGGGGUCGGCAGAAGAGAUGAGUGCGGAUGCAAGUCAAGAGGCCGCCACUGACACAUCUGCCUUGUCGCCGGCGCCACAGCGACUCUACAUCCUCUACGAUAAGAGCGUCACCUUUGUUGCCCUCACUGACGGGUACCCGGUGGUGCACACCCCCGUGCAGGUGCGUGGAAGGCUUCUCCCUGGUGACUCGCUGGGUCUCUACCGGGUACUAUGCCGUCCAGCAGCUGCCGCUCCUCUUGCGAGGAACCGCAGAAGCGGCUCGAUAGUUGACGCAACAGAGGGCGAGGAGCUUGUCAUCUAUGGCCAUCGUGGCAGCUGCCGCAUGCGUCUUAUGGCAGAUGGCACCCCUGACGCGGACUCCCUGGUCGCCGAUCUGGAUGACGUGUACGAACUCGCUCAGGAGUUGCCGCUGCUGCAGGAUGCCUCGAACGCGAAGGCCAAGGGCGGCAGUCACGGUGGCGCUGAGCGGGCGCUGAAGAGGGCGAAGGCGGAGGCGCUAGCCUCGUCAGCGCUGGCAAAGGCAACCUCGUGCGAGGCUCUGGUUGGCUUGUCGGCAGUGCAGCAGCGGUACGUUGUUGGCCCGACGCUGCACUCGUCCUCGGCGGCCACCACACCACUGUCGGCGACGCUACCACAUGAUGUGCGCUGGAUUGCCCGCAUUGCAGCGUCUUCGUCAAACAACAGCACCACGGUCACUUCCUCAGCCGCUGCCUCCUCGUACAAGUACCUUGGCUACUUCAGCCGUGGUCUCCUUAUUGCUACGGGUGACAGCUGGCACAUGGUGCGCCGCAUGAAUGUGGAGGCUGCCUUCCUCGUAAAGGAUGGCACAGAGGUAUUGGUGCUGGAGCGCAACCUCGAAAAGACCCUUGAGGCUCUUCCCCUCUGCUGGAAGGUACGCCGCUUCGGCAACUAA